GAGCAUCAAGUUGCUACUCAGAGAAUUGAAAUAACAAACAUAAUGAAUGAGAAAAUUAAAAUUAGAACUUUUAGUAUCGAUAAAGUUAUAAAUUAUUCUAGCUUCAAGAAUAACAUUUCAGAACAUAAUAAAAGAAUAGUCAUUGAACAUUUAGAAAUAGGCAAUGGCAUUUAUAGGACAAUAAAAUCUAUUUUAAAUAUUCUUCUUCCUAUUUGA